AGUAAUAAUAAUAUUUGAGAAAGAAGAUUAAUGGACUGUAAUAAUCCCUCCCAAGCCCAAUCCAUUUUAUAGGCCUUAAUAGAACCCUAAAACAAGCCGCUGCAACAACUACACAACCAACUUGGAGUGUGGAACUCAACUCCACUUCCCCGGAAAACGCAAUCAGACUUCAUCGUCGUAGCAAGGAAAUCCGCCACCAACAACAGCUAUGGCAAAGAAAAAGAAUCCUAUGGUGUUUAUGGAUGUGUCUAUUGAUGGAGAUCCUGUUGAAAGGAUGGUUUUUGAGCUUUUCUAUGAUGUUGCUCCAAAGACUGCAGAAAAUUUCCGUGCAUUAUCUACAGGAGAGAGAGGUGUCAGUCCUAAUACUGGAAAAUCGCUGCACUACAAGGGUUCUUUCUUCCAUCGUGUUAUAAAAGGCUCCAUUGUGAAGGGUGGUGAUUUUGUCAAUCGUAAUGGGACAGGUGGAGAAAGCAUAUAUGGUUCAAACUUCCCAGACGAGUCACCUAGGCUUAAGCAUGAUGCCCCUGGGCUUUUGUCCAUGGCGUUUGCGGACCGUGACACACUUGGUUCUCAUUUUAUCAUCACAUUGAAAGCAGAUCAUCAUCUUGAUAGGAAGCAUGUAGUCUUUGGGAAGCUCGUUGAAGGGCUUCAAGUAUUGAAGAGAAUUGAAGAUGUGGGUGAUGAGGAAGGACAUCCAACUGUAACUGUUAAAAUCAUUAAUUGUGGUGAAUAUAAUGACGAUGGGAAGAUGGUAAAUAAAUCAAAAACUGGAAAGGGUGGAUCCAGCGAAGGGGAUAAUCAUGAAACACGCAAGAAGGGAAAGCACAAAAGAUCUUCAAAAGAUCGAAGGAAGAGGAGAAGAUACCACUCAUCUGAAUCCGAGAGUUCUUCAGAUUCAGACACGGAAUCUUCGGAAACUAGUGAUUCUGACUCAGAUUUGUCUUCGUCAUCUGAUCUAAGUUCAUCUAGUGAUGACAGACGAAGAAAGAGAAAGAGAUCUAAGAAAGAUAAAUAUAAACGCGGAAAAAAGAGAGAUCAACGUCGUGAAAAAAAGCGAAGAAGAAGGGAUAAGAGGUCGAAGCGUAGAUCAAAAAGGGAAUCUGGCAGUGAUUCAGAUAGUGAGAGUAACAGUAGCUCUGAUGGUGAAAGUCUCGAUACUCAACAGAAAGAGAUGAAGCGAAAAGUCCGUUCUCAGAAGAAAGCUGAAAUGAAGUCUCCCUCAGUUGUGGAGAAAGAUAUACCUACCAUCCAUCAUAAAAAGGAAGAGGUGGCUAUGCCAGAGAGUAAGGAAACUAUUGUAAAGGAAAAUGGAGAGCGGCAUAGCAAUGGUACUGGAGCUGCCUAUAGAUCUGACAGAAGUGAAGAGAGGCAGCCUGACGUGAUGGAUGAUCAUUUGGGAAAAUCUAGGAGUCGAAGCAUGAGCCCUACACGACCCAUGAGUAAGAGUAUGAGUAUUAGUCCGAGGAGGACUAGGAGCAAGAGCCGUAGCAUUACCCCGAAAAGAAGAUUGAGCAAAAGUCCCAGUCUUAGUAUAAGUCCUAUUCGUCCAUCAAGGAGGAGUUUGAGCAGGAGUCCUGUUAGAAUAAUCGGCAGGAGGAGUCAAAACAGAAGCAUCAGCAGGAGCCCAGUAAGGGGCAGGAACGGGAGAAAUGUCAGUAGAAGUCCUGUGAUAACUCGUCCUCUUAAAAGUGUCAGCAAGAGCCCUGUAAGAUCCCGCCGGAGCAGGAGUUCUCCCAGAGCAUCGUCACGAAAAGCAAUCAGUAGAAGCCCUGCAAGAGUGUCAAGAAAGAGUGUAAGUCGCAGUCCGGUUAGAUCACCUGCAAGAAGCUUAAGUAAAAGCCCUGUAAGAGUGUCAAGAAAGAGUUUAAGUCGCAGUCCAGUUAGAUCAACUGCAAGAAGCUUAAGUAGAAGCUCUGGUAGGGUCCCAUCAAAGAGAAGCAUUAGCCGGAGUCCUGUCAGGGCACCCAGUAGAAGCAAUCGCCGCAGUUAUUCUAGAAGUCCAAGCCCUGUACGUAGAAGGUCAUCUCAUGGGGGUAGUUUGUCUAGGAGUGCUUCACCUGAUGCUUCGCCAAAGCGUAUUAGAAGGGGAAGAGGUUUCAGUGAACGAUACUCCUACGCAAGAAGGUAUAGAACCCCUUCUCGGUCUCCUGUGAGGUCAUACCGGUACAAUGGAAGAGUUGAUCGUGACAGAUAUUCAAAUUACAGAAGGUAUUCACCUAGGCGUUUCAGAAGCCCACCACCACGUGGAAGAACUCCUCCAAGGUACCGAAGGAGGAGCAGAACACCAUCUGUCUCGCCCAGCCCACGCUACCGAGCUCGACGAUAUAGCAGAAGCCGCAGCCCAGUUCGCAUUCGUUCCCCAGUUCGGAGUAUUUCUCCAGAUCGGUCUCACCCCUCUCCUCGUGUAGAAAGGCAUUCAUCAUAUUCCCGGAGCAGGAGUCCAGUGAAAUCCAGGUCUUUUGUAGAAUCACCAUCUCCACGAAAAGCAAGCAGAGACAGAAGGUCAGGGUCAUCAUCCAGAAGUCCAGAUGGAAAGAAAGGCUUGGUCUCAUAUGGUGAUGGUUCUCCAGACUCGGGCCAAAGGUGAAAAUACUUGGUCCCAAUAGUUGUGGUUGGUUUAUCUUCUUUUGAGCUCAUGGCUUCUAUAUUUGAACUUCACCUUCUGCUUUGUUUGCAUGCUGGAAUUUGUGGAUGUCCUGUUUGUAUUUUCUUUGUAAACAGCAAUGACAUGUUGAAAGAUUCUAAUGCUAGAAUAAGUAAGACAGUACUUAUGAAAUUAGGAUGUGGUCUUAGUAGUGGAGUUAUGCUGUAUUUGGUGGAUUUGGGGACACUGUCUUUGCCUGCCAUGUUUUCUGUAGCACAAGCAUUUGAGUUGAAUUUAUUAAAUUUUGGCAACGGUUGUUAGA